AUGAUAGGCUUCCUCCGUCGUAAUCUUGGAAACGCUUCCCAGAAAGUAAAGCUACAAGCAUACAAAAGCCUCGUUCGCCCACAUGUUGAGUACUGCAGCUCGGUGUGGGAUCCCCACACUAAAAGUAACAUCCUUAAGGUGGAGGCAGUCCAGAGACGUGCUGCGCGGUUUGUCACCAACAACUACAGCCAGGAGAGUUCUGUUACGGCCAUGCUCAAAGCUAUGGAAUUACCCACCCUUCAACAUAGAAGGCAGGUGAGCAGACUGACCAUGAUGCAUAAGAUAAUCCAUAAUAAUGUCAGCCUACCGCUUCAAGAGCACCUGAGCUUCAACAGAAGGGAUCCGAACGCAGCAUCUAACUUUACCAAAUGGAGCGGCAUAGAGCUCAAUGAAAUUCGAGAUGUGGUUCUCGGUAAGGCAGGGAAAAGCAAAGCAGUCAAGAAGGAUGCGAUAGAUGCAGCAGACCCUCUCGUUCAGGAUCUCAACGACCUCGCCUCCCACAAGAGCAAAUCAACCAAAAAGAGCGUCAAAGACGAAGCGGCAAAGAAACUUCAAAAAGCUUCCUCCAAAUACAAAGUGCCUGUAGACGAUGACGACGACGAUGACAAUGUGGUCUCGAAGAGCAAGAAAAAGACAAAGUCGAAAGCGACGCUGAAGAGACAGAAGGCGGAGGAAGAGGAGAAGAAGAAGAAGCAGAUCGAAGAGGAUAGCGAUUCCGACGACGACACCGAUGAUAGUGAUUCUGAAUCUGACGAUGAUGACGAUAAAAAGGAUACAGACUCUGAUUCCGACUCUGAUGACGAUUCUUCAGAUGAUGACGACGAUGUCGACGAAGAGACACUCAUUAAUAAACUCUUUAGCAUGGUUCAGGCUAUCAUACCAAAGCCUGCCAAAUUCAAAAGCAAGUCUUACUACACAAAAGACCAAAUUCAUGAUGAUGACGACGAUGAUGACAGCGAUUCAGACAGUGAUAGCGAUAGCGACAGCGAGAGCGACGACGAACCGCCAAGUAAAGCAAAGAGUGAUCUGAAACAACCCAAAAAGUCUAAAUGGAAAAUCGAGAAGUCUUCUGGAAAGAAAAAGGUUGACGACGACACCGACUCUGAUUCGGAUAGCGACAAUGAUGAUACCGAUGAUGAUGAUGACAAGGAUUCUGACAGCGAUACUGAUAGUGAUACCGAGAGUGAUACUGAAACCGAUGACACUGAUGACGAUAGCGAUUCCGAUAGCGAUGACGAUAGGGUGAAAGCGAAAACGAAGGUCAGCAAAUCGAAGAAACCGUCCUCCAAAGUAGCCGAAUCGGAGAGUGACAGCGAUAGCGACGAUACAUCUGAUGACGAUGAUAGCGACAGUGACACCGACAGUGACGAUACAUCCGAUGAGGAAGACGGCGACGGCGAUUCCGACGAUGAUACGGAUACUGAUAGCGAUACUGAUAGUGACACUGAGAGCGACCCGGAAACUGAUGACACCGAUGAAGAUAGCGACUCUGAUAGCGAUGACGACCAGGAUACUGAUGAUAGCGAUAGCGACAGCGAUUCUGAUGACGAUGAAGAUCCGGUGGAGAGCCUUGUCAACGAACUUAUGUCACAACUUAAGAAAUACAAGCAAAAAUCUGGCAAAUCAUCAAUUAAAACGACCAAACAAUCGGGAUCUGCACAGCGGGAAGCCACAGACGACGUGACUGAAGAACUAACGCGGAUUGCGAAGCAGCUCAAGAAAUUAAAACGCAAAUGAGCAAGGCGUAGACCGUGUUAGUGUGGUAGUGAUGUUUAGGGUUUCACUUUAAUUACCUACUCUGUCGUUAACUUUAUAGUAGAAGAAAAUAUUCCACUCGCAAGAGAGAAUGAGAGAGAGGGGGGGGGGGGCAAGACAGAGAGAGAGAAUGUGAAGUAUUUUGCUUGCUUAGGCUUACUAAUAUUUUGCUCUAUAAUCCACGCGGAAUUGACACUUAACCUGGAAAUUGGAACGGCCAGUUGUGAUUCAAAUGUAAACACCAACACUUAAUUCAAUUAUCAGCUAACAUAACGACAGAGUAGGUAAUUUGAAGAACAUUUAAUUGAUUGAAACUUGCAAAGUUUUGUAUCUGUGAUCACGAACAUCUUAUGCAAUUUUGCAUGUACACUGUAGAAUUGUAGGCCUAUAGAAAAAUACGAAAGAUUUAUCUCGAAUUGUCCAUUAACUCACCUUUAUAUAAAAUAUAUUUUCCCUCUUAAUAAUCAGUUUGAAGUAUCGUGUGACGGAAAAGAAAUAUGACAUAUAGGAAUGACAUAUUAACCUCUGAGUCAAUUUAAAUUAAUCCUACAUAUUAGAAUAGACUGUUCCCUGCCAAAAUUAAUAUCAUUUUCAAUUGAUUUGAAUAACUUACAAAAAGUCAUUCAACAAUUGUGGAAUGUUGUAAAUAUUAUUACAAUCUACGUUCACGUUGUUUUGUAUAUUUGUAUCUUUGUAAGUACUAUUAGUUAUGAAAUAACUUUCUUUUAUCGGUAAUUCAUUCGGGUUUUUUGAAAUAUACAAUUUGAUCCAGCUAUUUUACUGCGGAAUCAUCGUUAUUUUGCGCUCGAAAUAUUCCAUCUCGGUCCAGUUGCCCAGUUGUUGCUUUCCUGCCGGAAAGACCAGGGGCCCGUUGCAUACAACUUUUUACCUGAGAAAACUCAGGUUGUUUUUACCGGAGUUUUUGCCCUGUGUUAAAGUCAAUGUCAGAAAUCAAACUAACCUUAGUUUUCAGUUUUUACCAGAGUUUUCUCAGGUAAAGAGUUUUAUGCAACAGGCCCCAGGGGUGUGAGUGGUCACAAAUAAAAAAGAUCUGAAAAAAGCUGAAGAGUGUUGAAAAAGUCUGAAAUAGAAAGAGCUCCCAUAGUUUUUGUACAGAGGAAAGCCAAAAAUAAAAAUCUGAACUCUCACACCCCUGAAAGGCAAUCUAAUUUGAAGUAGAUAGAUUAGAAAUAGAAUAGUUUGCAUGUUUCGGGGGAGGUGUUGGAAUUUUGAUUGAAUGAUGAUGAUGACUUGUAUUAUAAUGUAAUGUGCCUAUUCCAAAAUCGACAUCUUUUUUCAAUGUAGAGAUUUUCGAUUUUGAACUUACAUGAUACAAGAAUAUUAGUUUACGCGGAAUUACCUUAUUCUAAAAGAAAACAAAAAUCAGAAUUUGAAUUGAUUCAUUAUUCAUAACACUUUAAUUGCCUUUAUCAAAAGUAUUUUCUCAUUUAAAGUGACCCAAUUUAUUAACUUAUUAAUGGUCACUUAUAAAGGGGAAUGGAGAGAGAUUGAUUAGAAAUUAAAAAAAAGACUUGGAUUACAUUGUGUACUCGUCUGCUCUUGAAAGAAUGUACUUACAAUUGGUAAUUAAUGUUAUCUUUUUAAUGAGGGGGAGGGGAAAGUCUGAUUAGAUGACAGAAUUACUUUUUGACUUCAGUGUAUACUCAUCUGAUAAGAGUCAUACUAUACACUCUUGAAAUAACUUUUUUCUUAACUUUGAGAUGAUAUUCUGUAGCAAAGGUUUACCCAAUAUUGGGCCAAGAGGGAAAAUUCCCGUUUCUUGGGUAAAACAAUGCCUAAUGCUGUGUAAAUGUUACGCAAUGUUGGGUUAAAAUUACCUACGAAACGUGUUUUUGUUACUCAACAAACGUGUAUGUUACCUUUUAACCAUAGAGCUAUCUGUAAUAGCUCUAUGCUUUUAACCCAAUAUUGGAAAACUUUUUAAUUUCAGCUUUUUUAGAGAGUAGGGUCAGCUAGGUGCGUUCAUUAUUUUGACCCCUAUUCACUAUUUGCAUCUGAAUAUUCGUUCAUUUCUAUAUGACUAGAUAGACACAUUAAUGUUACACCGAGCUGACCCUAAAUCUAUCAUCUUAAGUAUUCAAAAAACAUGGUUUAUUAGAAUUUUUAAAAAAGAGAAGGAGAUGUUAGUAUGAAAUUAACAGAUGAUGAAAGUUUAUAUGUAAGUUUGAAGAGCAUGGUUUUUACAAUGGUUUUUGUAGUGAAGGUUUUGAUACAUUUGUACAUGAAUUAGAUAAGAUCUUGAUAGUUUUGAUCACAAUUUUUCAGUCUGUAACGGGCUAGGUCAUCAUUAAUUUAUAUAUUAAAGUUAUCCUGGCAGAUACUGCUAGAUUAAUCUUGUUUCACAAAACUAGUUUUCUCUUUUUCUCAUCGACAACAAGAGAUAUUUUGAUGCAUCAUGAAUUACUAAAAAUUGUAUCUAAUUUAACAAUACAAGAAAAUGGGAAAAUUAAAAGGAUACACAAAAAAAUAAAGUAUAUAAAAAGAGGGAUAUUGCUUUGUACCUUAUAUCAAUUAAGUGGCAGUGCAAUAUAUUUAUUACUAUUCUCUAUAAAUCAUCAAUGAUAACUUAUUUGUUUGAUGUGGUUUAAAAAACUAUUAUAUAUUAAAUGACUGGAAUUGUA